UUGCCACUGCCAUUAUUUACCAUAGCCAUCCAGCUACUGUUAGCUCUAUCAAAGAGAUUAUUUAUCGCAGUUGUAGCGAUAAUAUGGAGCUAUCCUUUAGUAGACUAUAGCGGAAUUACAUAAUUAACACUGGCAAAGCAUUUAUUCAGUUAAAUUUGGCUUGAGUUAGACAACGUUACCCGAAAGGCAGAAAGUAGCUGUUAGCUGAACCACGUAGGAAAUCGGCUUCUUUUUAGUCAAACUGUUGUAUUAAAAUUUGUCAAUCUCAUUCUUUCUACAAAGAAGCUUCCUGGCUUGCCUUUGAACAUGGACAAGUUUGUAGUGCGGCUUCCUAAGGGAGACGCACCUAAAAAAUCGAAGACAGACGAAAAGGUGUACAAACAGACUACAAUUGAAUCUCUACGGCGAGUGGUUGUUAUUGAGGACAUCAUGCGUUACAAGUCAAUGCUGGAGCUGCCAGAACAGAGCAAAGACAACCUGCUGACUGCCCUGAAAGAGCUGAGUAAGAAGGUCCCUUCCAAGGAGGUGCUCAAGUCCACGAAAAUAGGUCACACUGUCAACAAAAUGCGAAAGCAUCUGGAUCCCGAAGUAAGUUCAAUGGCAGCAAAGGUUUACACGGACUGGAGGACGUUCAUCGAGGAGAAUUCCAAUAAGCCAUCCAUUGAAGUGCGCUCGGACAAACAGUCUGAAGGACUCAGGAGCAACGCUAGAAGGCUCAUGUCUGAAGCACUAGAGGUCAAGGAAGAUUCUGGUCUUAUAGACAACAUCGAGAGGGAAGUGUUUCACCAGAGCUCCCGACUGGUCAGCACUUCAUACAGACGGACUGUUAGAGCACUUGUGUUUGCCUUCAAACACAACCCUGAGGUCAGAGCUCAGGUGAAGAACAGCACAAUAGCAGUCAACAAGCUGGUCUCUAAAUACAAAAAAUAACAGAAUAAUAAACUAUGUAGAGCCAGCUGUAUAUGGAAAAUAGUUUUAAUACAAUUGGAGAAGGAUUUUAUGCACACAUUUUUUUACAUUUUAUUUUUAUUGUUUUCUUGAUUUUCUGUAAAGAAGUUUAAAAAAAAUCUUUUUGUGGCACAUCAGUAGCCUAGCACUUUUUGCAACUGCACAUGAAUCAUUGUAAAGAAUACUGUAGGUGAUGAUAUUAAUGCUAUUCCUUUUUGUAAUGUAAUAAUGUAGGCAUUCUUUUUCAACAGGUGCAUUGUUUUUUUGUCUUGUAAAUGAACAUUUUUAUACGAAACAUGAUUUAAAGCAUGACAACUUAA